AUGGGUGCUAUACCAGAGAAAUGUGGUGAUCCCAGUCAUUGUCUAGUUACUUGCACUAUAGGUGGUAUACAAUUUGUUGAUUGCAUGUGUGACCUAGGUGCUUGCGUUAGCAUUAUGCCUCUAUCUAUUUAUGAUGCAUUCAAGCUUCCACUGUUGAAACGAUUGGUGGCCCAUUUUGUUUUGGCGGAUAAAAGCAUAAUCUCGGUGGUUGGCAUUGCGGAAGAUGUCUUAGUGAGCAUUAAGGGGUUGACUUUUCCAAUUGAUUUCUACAUUCUUGAGAUGCUCCCUAAUGACUCCGAAAGACCAUCAUCUAUCUUUCUUGGGAGGCCGUUCUUGAAAUCCUUCCGGUUUAAAUUGGAUGCUUUUUUGGGUACCUAUUCCUUUGAAAUUGAUAGAAGAGCAGUGAGUUUCAAUCUUGAUGAGGCUAUGAAGCAUCCACCGAAGGACUAUUCUAUCUUCCGGUGUGAUAUGAUUGAUGAUAUUGUGGCCGAAGUCCACCAGGAUACAGUGGAUGAGAAGAACAUGGUUCAAGGUUCAUGUGUGGAGAAACCCCUUGAAUAUGAUGAAGACACAUUGCCACCUCCGGUGCUAUCGAAUAAUCAAGUGCCAAGUCAUGAGCUAAAUAUGGAAUUGAAGCCACUUCCACUCCAUCUUAAGUAUGCCUAUCUUGAAGAGAAUCAAAAGCUCUCGGUGAUCAUUGCAAAGGAGCUUACCUCCUAA